AUGAAAGAGCUCGACUGAGAAGGACUUGUGGGAUCAGCUGUAUCCGACGAGGGUUGAAGACGGUCCGGCAAAAAGGGAGAAGGAAAAGCGUAAAAUAUGCUGAUUUUACGUGCGAAUAACAUCGUCCUUAGAAAUGGGUGUCUGGCUAGCACGGCUUUGUCAUCACGUCUGUGCCACCAUGAUGCAGGACUCAAUACAGAGUGGGCUGCCCUGGCCAAGAAACAGCUAAAAGGAGCCGACCCAGCUAAGAAACUCAUGUGGCAGACACCAGAAGGCAUUACUAUCAAACCUCUUUACACAGCUGAAGAUGUUGGAGAGCAUGCAACAGAAUUACCAGGGAAAUUCCCUUAUACACGAGGUCCCUACCCAACCAUGUACGCAAAUCGACCCUGGACAAUCAGACAGUACGCAGGUUUCAGCACAGUCGAGGAGAGCAACAAGUUCUAUCGGCAAAAUAUCAAAGCUGGGCAGCAGGGUCUCUCUGUAGCCUUCGAUCUCGCAACACAUAGAGGGUAUGAUUCAGACAAUCCUAGAGUCCAUGGAGAUGUGGGCAUGGCAGGUGUUGCUAUUGACUCGGUAGAAGACAUGAAAGUCCUCUUUGAUGGUAUUCCACUGGACAAGAUGUCGGUCUCAAUGACAAUGAAUGGCGCUGUCAUUCCAACAAUGGCUAUGUUUAUUGUAGCAGCGGAAGAACAGGGUGUGAAACAAGAACAGCUGUCAGGUACGAUUCAGAAUGACAUCCUCAAAGAGUUCAUGGUUCGCAACACUUACAUCUACCCACCUGAGUCAUCAAUGAGGAUCAUCGGAGACAUUUUUGGUUAUACAGCCAAGCACAUGCCAAAGUUCAACAGCAUCAGCAUCAGUGGUUAUCAUAUGCAAGAGGCAGGGGCAAAUGCUGUGCUGGAGAUGGCUUUUACCAUUGCUGACGGUCUGGAAUACUGCCGAACGGGACUUUCUGCCGGGCUGAACAUCGAUCAGUUUGCCCCUCGACUCUCAUUCUUCUGGGGUGUUGGCAUGAACUUCUACAUGGAAAUAGCGAAAAUGAGAGCUGCUCGUCGCCUCUGGGCUCACCUAAUUGAAAGCAACUUUUCACCCAAGAACAACAAGUCCACAAUGUUGAGAACUCACAGCCAGACAUCUGGGUGGUCCUUGACUGAACAGGACCCCUACAACAACAUCAUCCGCACAACUAUCGAGGCCAUGGCAGCAGUCUUCGGGGGAACACAAUCUCUCCACACAAACUCCUUUGAUGAAGCUCUGGGUCUCCCAACAGUCUUCUCCGCCCGCAUUGCUCGUAACACCCAAAUCAUCCUUCAGGAGGAAACUGGUAUUCCAAAGAUAAUUGAUCCAUGGGCUGGAUCAUAUGCUAUGGAGGCACUUACCAAUGAGGUUUAUGACUCAGCUAAGGAAAUUAUUGAUGAGGUUGAGUCGAUGGGUGGCAUGGCCAAGGCUGUUGGUUCAGGUUGGGCUAAACUGAAGAUCGAGGAAUGUGCUGCUAAACGACAGGCUAUGAUUGACAGUGGAAAAGAGGUAAUUGUGGGAGUCAAUAAGUAUCGUCUGGAAAAAGAAGAAACAAUUGAUGUCCUGAUGAUUGAUAACAAUGAAGUUCGCACAAAACAAAUUAACAAGUUGAAAGAGCUCAGAGAAAAGCGUGACCCACAAAAAACGGCAGCAGCUCUGAGUGCCUUAGAGGAAGCUGCGCGUGGCAGUGGAAACCUCCUGGAAGCAGCAGUUGCAGCAGCAAGGGUCAGGGCCACCCUUGGUGAAAUAUCUCAAGCCAUGGAGAAGGUGUUUGGUCGUCACAUUGCCUCUGACCGACUGGUCUCAGGGGCUUAUAAGACGGAGUAUGGGGAGCAGCAGGAAUUAGCAGCAGUAACUGAAAAGGUAUUCAUUGAAGCACAAACACAUGAAUUUGUUGAGAAUGAAGGUCGUCGGCCCAGAAUCCUCGUUGCCAAGAUGGGUCAGGAUGGACACGACCGUGGGGCGAAGGUCAUUGCAACAGGAUUUGCAGAUUUAGGAUUCGAUGUUGAUGUGGGACCCCUUUUCCAGACUCCGGCAGAAGUGGCCCAGCAGGCUAUAGACGCCGACGUGCACGUGGUAGGGGCCUCGUCCUUGGCAGCAGGUCACCGCACGCUCGUCCCGGAGUUGGUGAAGGCCCUGGCUGACCUGGGUCGACCUGACAUCCUGGUCAUCGCGGGCGGAGUCAUCCCUCCCCAGGACUACGAUUUCCUCAGAGAAGCUGGAGUGGCUGCUAUUUUCGGGCCAGGCACACGAAUUCCCGUAGCUGCUCUGGAUGUGCUUGACCUUAUCACAGUGUCUUUGAAGAAGCGAGAGGCAGUGAAUUAACCCGAUGAUUAGCAUUUUAUUAAUAUGAUUCAUUAGAUUAAAACCUAGGGCAUUUUUGUCUUUUCUAUUUGGCAAGGUCUGUAACUUUAGGGUGAUUCCUGAAACGUAUAUAGUCUUUUUUAUUGAAAAUUUGAUGUAUAUUUGUAUAGCUUCAGUUUGGUUGGGAUUUUUUUUAUUAUAUUUUCAGUAGGACUGUAUUGCCACAUAGGGAAGUAGAUGGUUGUAAUAAAUAAGAUAGGUAGAUUAUUCUUUUUGGCAAAAAAUUCGUUUAUUUCACUUACAUUUGUUAGGAGGUAUGUAUCUAACAUAUUUUUGUUGUAUAUGUAUGUAUAUUGAGGUAGAUUAUAGACAUAUAUUAAAAGUUAUUUUGAAUUGCA